AGGUGUUUCUGCUUGACUGAAGGACUUGCCAAAGAUCAUUUGUCUAACAACUGUGUCUCCUGGUGUCUGGUUUGGUGGAAGAUGGCAGCAGUGACCUUCUGGGCAGCAGUGUUGCUCACUUACGGAGUCUCUACAGGAAUUGCAAUGGUCCCUGCUAAAGCUGGGGCUGGACCCUCGGCUGGGGCAGACGACAUCCUAAAACUGGACAUGGCUCCAAACUCUGUUGACGACAUGUACCAAGGCUGCAAAGAUAAGAUGUACCAGAAGCUCCAAGAAUACCUGGAGAAUGAGAAGAACAAAAACCCCACAUUCAAAGCAGCCUGGGAGAGCUCAGAGCAAUGAUACAACAAAAAAUUAAAGAAAUCAAAACCAGCCCUGGGGAAAGACCGUCUUGUAGCUAUUCACUGUUACACCAAUAAUGAGAAUGGAGUGUAUCGUGAUUUAAAUGAUGCAGUUCGAACCCAGGGGCCUCAGUACAAGACCACAUUUGGGUAUCAUGCACUUCACUUUCUCCUGACCGAUGCCAUUCAAACUCUCAAAGGAGAAGAAAAACUCCCUAAGGGAGAGGACGGAUGUGUCACUGUCUACCGACGUGUUGGCAAAACCUUUGACCAAGUCGUCAACACGCAGCUUCGAUUGGGCUCUUUUACCUCAACCUCAAUGGGUCAGUACGCCGACAAAUCUUAUGGAGACAAGACGUGCUUUGAGAUUUACACGUGCUUUGGAGCAGAUAUCUCCUCAUAUUCUGCACAUCCGAAAGAACGCGAAGUGCUGAUUCCUCCUUACGAGGUCUUUAAAGUGGUAGGGGUGAAGAAGAGAGGCAAGAGUGAUGAUCUUCCGUGUGAGGUGGAAUAUAAACUCAGGAGUACAAAUAAACCUGACUCCAAAUUGAAUUGUUAUCUUUUUUAA